AUGGAGAAUCAAGAAGUGACAAGAAGUUCUACCAUCCUGAAAGAUCGAUGGGAGGGUUUCAAGGAUGAAAUCACUUUCUUGUACUUGGAUUGUGGUUGUACUCUGCAGGAAGUCAUGGAGUUUAUGAAAGGUCAACAUAGCUUCCAUGCAAAAGAGAAGCAGUACAAGGAUAAGUUCCGCGAUUGGAAUCUCAGGAAGAACCUUACCAAAGCACAGAAACUGGACCUUUAUACUUAUAUCCAACUACACGGUGGCGUCGCACUCGCUGAGCAGAGCCCAGACGCCAGUGGAGCGAGGAUCUCGAAGGUCUAUAUGUUGACCUUCAACUGCAUGGGGGUUCUCUUCGAGAGAAGAGGAGAUUUGACCGAACGCACCCGAUACUACAGAUCGGCGUUGGAAUGGAGCACUAAUAUUGUCCUAAACGAGGCCUUAAAUGGGGAGGAUAAGCGUCGACGCGUGAAGUGGUUGGAAGACGUGGUGAGAUAUCAUACUCUGAAUGGUGACGUGCUGGAGGUGCAAAGUCUAUGCGAGCAAUAUCACGAUCUCUGGACUGAGCUUAAUCAAAAGGAGGUUGGAGGUUUGGUUAGGACAGGUGCCGGUACCUGA